GAUGACGUAACGCUUCCCCUUCACCGUCAUUCCUGUGCGACAGCCUCCUCCAGCCACACUGUCCAUGCGAAGCGAUUUUUUUAAACUAUGUCAUUCAUUUUAUGAAUGACUUCUGCGUUAUUCCGACGACUCAUAGCCGGCGACUGCUGUUUGCAAAGAUUCCUGAGAGAAGGCCAAAGUGCGGAUUUGAGAGCACCUCCUCUCCGCGACAAGGUUUAAAGGGGAAUGGUACCUGGUGCUGCUGAAUAGUGAGAACAUUCUCCUACCUGCUGCCUCCCACCUUCAGCCUGAUGGCCGCUCGUUUCCUGGGCAGGUAUGCCCGCCUCCUCUUCAGGGUCACCACUCAGGCUCCAGCUGCCCGCCAGCCUCCAUCGGCAAACAGGAUGAUCGGCCUGUAUGGGACUCAGUGCUGUGCUUUGGUCUCUGAGAGAUCGUUUUGCAAGGGCGGUGUGAUGGAGAAAGACGAGGGCUUUACAGGUGGGCCGUUCCGCACGAAGCUGGAUGAGACUGUGGACAAUGCAACUGUGCCGGAGGAAAUCCUGAAAGCCUGGAAACAGCAUCGAGGGGAUGCCAAUCAAGCUGCCAGGACACUGUUGAUGUGGACUAAGUUGAAGCAGAAGACAAAUGAGAAGUUUCAGCCAAACACUUCAUCUGCGAUGGACUCGAGGCUGCAGGACAUGAUGAAUACUAUAAACAAACACAUACCAGCAGUGUGGAACAACACUUUGGUGUCCAUCUUGCGAGCUAUGUGGGUUAUCGGCCUCCCCAACACGGAUCCAGUGUUUAAAUCUAUCCAAACCGAGGUCAUGUGGCGACUCCGUCGGCUAACCCCCAAGCAGCUAGCCUUCCUGGCGUACUGGGGCACCAACCAGACAUUGCGGCAGGAUGUGGCGACAGUGAACGCUGUGCUGAAACAGCUGGAACUGCGAUGGACGGAAAUCUCUGAUGCCAAAACUGUCAGCAUGCUAAUCGCCAAAGGACAACACAUGUCGCCGACGUUGAUGGACAGACUAGAAGACACGGCUUUAGCGCUUGCUGAAAGUUUUACGGCGGAAGAAAUUCGCAAGGUGUGCGUGUCUUUAGCUGCCAUGGGCCGCAGAUCUGUGCCCCUUCUCCGGGCUUUGUCCUUCCACCUCCUACAGAGGCCGCCAUCUGAAUUCAGCACUCAACUAAUACUGGACAUGGGCUUUUCAUACGGGAAGUUGAGUUUCCACCAGCCUCAAGUACUUCAGCGAUUGGCUGCCGAGUUGAUGCCCAAAGUCUCUCAACUAACUUCAAGUGAUGUCACCCGCUUUGCAAAGUCCUUGGGCUUCCUCAAAUGGCUUCAUGUCCCGCUCUUUGAGGCCUUUGUAGAGCACUACAUGGAGCACAGUAAGAAGUACAGCAUUCCUCAGCUGUGCAACCUGCUCAUGACGUUUGCCAGACUGGACUUCAAGUCUUCCAAAGGAGAACAGUUCUUUGGCAAGGUGCAUCCUGUACUGGAGAGCUCCCUCUCAGGCCUGGAACCUUUCCUUAGGACAGAUGUCGCAUGGUCGUUGUGUGUGCUACAGCAAGUCAGGCCUCACUAUCUCACCCCGCUCUUGCAGCGGGAUCAUGCUGCAACACUCUCAGAGGGCAGUCUUCAUCGAGCGGAGAACUACCGACUAAAACUCCUCCACCUCGCUGCCACGCUGCACUUGGAACAUCCUGAAUCACCAGAGACUGCAGGAACCUCAUCCAUCAUGAACGCUGUGCCUCAUACAGCCAGCAGCUCCUCCCCUUCCUCAUUGCAGAGCAGCCUCAGAGAGGCUUUGCACACUUUGGUGGAUGGGAGGGCGGAGCUGUAUCGCAUUGGAGUCAACACUGUAUAUGGGUGGACUAUUGAGGGCGAGAUGCUAAUAGACUGUGACAACAAGCCCAUUGACUUCUCAAAGAUGAGAGCUCCUCAUCUUCUUGGUGGAGGAGGACAGCAGACGUUACCCGAAGGCUCACGGCAGAUCGCUUUCUUGGCUUGGGAAUUCCCUAACUUCAGCUCCAAGAGUAAAGACCUACUGGGACGGUUUAGCAUGAUGAAGCGGCACCUGCAGCUGGCUGGAUUCAUCCUCGUGGAUGUUCCAUAUUACGAGUGGUUGGAGCUCACGACGCAGCGUCAGAAGUUGGCGUAUCUGAAAGACAAGAUGGGGAAGGCUGUGGCCGAAGACAUGGCCAAGUGAACCAUGUGCUCUCAAUCACAUUUGCAGACAUGGAGGCGUUCCCAUUCAAAUUAAUCCACAAGGAAUAUUGCAGGGGAGAAAUAUAUAUAUAUAUAUAUAUAUAUAUAUAUACACACACACAUAUAUAUAUAUA